AUGGGGGAGCUGCACCCCGUGGGGGAGCUGCACCCCAUGGAGGAGCUGCACCCUACUGGGGAGCUGCACCCCGUGGGGGAGCUGCACCCCGUGGGGGAGCUGCAACCCAGCAUGGAGCUGCGUCCCGUGUGGGAGAGGCACCCCAGUGGCGAGCUGUACCCCAGUGGGGAGCUGUACCCCAGCAGGGAGCUGUACCCCCAUGGGCAUCUGCACCCCACUGAGGAGCUGCACCCCAGUGGGGAGCUGCAUGCCUUGCGGGUGCUGUACCCCCAUGGGGAGCUGCACCCCAGUGGGGAGCUGUACCCCCAUGGGCAUCUGCACCCCACUGAGGAGCUGCACCCCAGUGGGGAGCUGCACCCCAUGAGGGAGCUGUGCCACUGGGGGAUGCUGCACCCCGCUGGGGAGCUGCACCACCUGCCCCGGGGCCCCCAGGGGCCCUGGCACCGCCUGCCAGACGAAUACUUGAGGAACGAGAGCGCCUUUCUGGGAGAGCUGGUGUUUGGGAGCGCAGACACCAUUGAACUUUCCUGUGACAGCCACGGCUCUUCUGUGCCUGUUUUCUGGUUUAAAGACGGUAUCGGGAUUGCACCUCCCAGCAGAGCUCGUACUGGGCAGAAGCUGUUGAAGAUCAUCAGUGUGUCAUGCGAUGGCUCGGGGCUGCACAGCUGCAAGGCGAGGCAUUCCGACCAGGUCCUGGGAAACUUUACAGCCAGAGGUACAGACAUGGCUGGAGGCGAUGGAUAUCCAGCUUCCCGUCUGGGUUCCCGGGCUGACACGCUGGGAUAUCGCAUGGGUCCCCAAAGAGCAAAGUAUGAAGCUGAAAGAGGCAAGUCUUCCCAGCGGUCAUCAGAAGUCCUGAAGGAAAUCCUGAAGGACCUGGACAAGGCAGCGCUUGAGAUGGACCGUGAGACUGCGGAGAAUGAGGCGCUUCAGGAAGGAGGCAGUCACACGGUGCCAGUCUCUGAUGACAGAAGAGGGGCAAUUCAGUCAGUGGAGGUGCCAGGCGUGGAUGGCACGAGAAACAGAAAUGCUAUGGAUCCAAAAGCUUUCCAGAAGUACUGCAUAGAAGGCGCCGUGGCGGUCGUGGGCUCCAUAUUGCUUGGGAUGGUUUUCUGUUGUGUGAUCCGCCUGUGGAGGAAGAGAAGGCGGCGCCUCGCCGCAGCUUCGAGAGCCCGGCCCGACACCAGCAGCUGCCCCUCGCACCCGGACACCUGGACUGCCCACCCCAGCACCUCCAAGAGCUGGACCCAACACCAGCAGCCGUCACGUGUGCCUGGAAAAGCGGCCCACCAGCCACGGAGCACCGGCGGGGAACCAGCCUCCACCAGCCCGGACGGCCGCCCGGCCCGCCCGGAGAAACGGCAACCACCCCCUCGCCCCCCAAGCCCAUUUCUCCAGCCCGCCUGCAAGGGCCUGGGGCAGUCCCGCCAGGAUAUGGAUUUGGGGAGCGACGGUGAAUGCGCGGGCCUAUAG